AUGUCAUCCUUCCAUAUCGUCGAGCACAAGAUUCCCUGUCAACAUAUCCGAGAGUAUCCCCGUGCUACAGCUGGCGCACAGGAGGAUGUGCUACACCUGGCGGUGAAACAGUAUAUACCGAAAGACAAUCCCAAUCCACAGCCCGGAGAUGUCACGAUCAUAGGAGCACAUGCCAAUGGUUUCCCGAAAGAGCUUUACGAGCCUUUGUGGGAUGAUAUACACGCUCGGUCAAAAAAACAUGGCUUUCGCAUAAGGAGUAUAUGGAUUGCCGAUGUUGCCCAGCAGGGACACAGCAGCGUACUGAAUGAACAACUGCUUGGGAAUGAUCCGGGCUGGAACGACCACCCCAGAGAUCUGCUACACCUGAUCAACCUCAAACGAGACGAGAUGCCGCGACCUAUCAUAGGCAUUGGCCAUUCGAUGGGGGGGAACCACUUAGUCAAUGUCGCAUACAUUCAUCCCCGUCUUCUCACCACUUUAGUCCUUAUCGACCCUGUCAUACAGAUCUACUCCUCGGUCGCACCACACGUAGGGCCCAGCCCCGCCCGUCUAUCUACGUUCCGCCGCGACGUGUGGCCGUCGCGUCAAGAGGCAGCCAAGUCAUUUAAGAAGAGCAAAUUCUAUCAAGCAUGGGAUCCGCGUGUGCUCGAUCGGUGGGUGCAAUACGGCCUGCGGGACAUGCCCACGCUCCUACAUCCGGACGACUCGAAGAACAAGGACGGGUCGCCCAAGGUGACGUUGACAACUCCAGUCCCACAGGAAGUAUUCACCUUCCUCCGCCCGAACUAUGAGGGAUACGGAUACAACGGCCGCCCGGUGAAUCGCAAAACGCACCCGGACGUGACCCCGGGAUUGCCCUCGAUUUACCCCUUCUAUCGCUCCGAAGGACCCAAGACCUUCUUCCGCCUCGAAGAACUCCGGCCGUCGGUGCUCUACAUCUUCGGUGGACAGUCCGAGGUCGGCACGCCGGACGCCUGCAAGGCGAAAAUGGACAUUACGGGUGUCGGCCCUGGUGGUAGCGGCGGAGCACCGGAGGGGAGGGUGCGGAGUGUGCUCUUCGAGGACCUUGGCCAUCUCAUCGCCAUGGAGGCGGUGGACCGGACGGCGGACUCGUCCUGCGAGUGGAUCGGGAGUGAGAUGAAGAUCUGGCGUGAGGACGAGGAGGAGCACAACCGCACCUGGGGUCAGAAGAGCCUUGUCGAGAAACAGAGCCUCGACGAGCAGUGGAAGACGAUGAUCGGUGGGCCCCUCGAGAGGAAACCGAAGGGUCCAAAGCUAUGA